AUGCGCGGCUCCUGGGACGAGUCCACGACGGCGGCGCUCCACGCGCGCAUCCUGGAGGCGCAUCGCGGGCCCGCGGCGCCCGAGCGAGCCGCCGCCGAGCCCGCUUGCACUGAGCCGCCGCUCUCUAUCUCCUCGCUCGAGCUGGCCGCUCCGACUCCUCUGCUGCCGCUGCCUACGCUCUCCUUCAGUGCCGCUCAAGUGGCGACCGUCUGUGAGACCCUGGAAGAGAGUGGAGAUGUGGAACGACUGGCGCGAUUCCUGUGGUCGUUACCCGUCGCUCAUCCUAAUGUCGCCGAGUUGGAACGCUGCGAAGCCGUCCUCAGAGCGCGAGCGGUUGUGGCGUUUCACGCCGGACGUCACAGAGAACUCUACUCGAUCUUGGAGCGGCAUAGAUUUCAGCGUUCAAGCCACGCAAAGCUACAGGCUCUUUGGCUGGAAGCGCAUUACCAAGAAGCGGAACGAUUGCGCGGUCGCCCUCUCGGUCCAGUCGACAAGUACAGAGUCAGGAAGAAGUUUCCGCUGCCUAGAACGAUUUGGGAUGGCGAACAAAAAACGCACUGUUUUAAAGAGAGGACGAGGUCUCUGUUGAGGGAGUGGUACCUGCAAGAUCCUUAUCCGAAUCCAACGAAGAAAAGGGAAUUAGCCGCGGCGACGGGGUUAACGCCGACGCAAGUCGGCAACUGGUUCAAGAACCGGCGGCAAAGAGACCGCGCGGCCGCCGCAAAGAAUAGAUCCGCAGUUCUGGGCAGAGGUUUUGCGUCUUCCUCGACUUACGACGAAGAUUCAGCCGACUCGGAGAUCAACGUGGACGAAGAGUGA